CGGCUCGCGCUGAACGCCUCCAACUGUCACACGCAGGAGUCCUGCGCGAGAGCGUUUGUCUGCGCCGGUUCAUUAUCAUCAUGCCCAUAGCGUCAGCCGCGCAGUCGGCGGCAGCACCGCCGCUGGGUAGCGCGCACUUCGCCCAGCAGCAGCCGGAGGAUUUAACCCCCCGCCGCCAGAGGCCGGGGCUAUCGAGACGCCUGUCCGGUGACAUGCGGUCCGGGGAGCUCAUCCUGCGCUGCGUCCUGCUCGGGGGCAACUGCAGUGAGAUGCCGGCGCACUCGGCUACUCCCGGUCUGGUCAAGAUGGCCAAAGCAGGUGGAGGAGUUGGCGGUGGUGCAGGAGCGGGAGGAGGAGGGAUGGCGCAGGGCCGCCGGGUCAGGGUGAAGCAGGGAGCCCAUCGACCUCGAGAUGUCCGGACCAUCUUCCACCAAACGGAGGAUCCCAGAGUCCCGGAGGAGAAGGGAGAGGGGCAUUGCUUCGUUCGAUGUUCCGUGUACACUUGGUGCGAUUAUUGUGGCCAGCAGAUCCCCUUGUGCAAUGAAGCUGCCAGGUGUAAAAAUUGCAAUUACACCGUUCAUCAAGAGUGUAGGAGCUUCAUUAAACUUGACUGCCAGCGAGGGAAACAGCUUUCAGCAGAGAAAAUCAGCCCUGCAAACACAAUGGUCCAGUCUGAAAGUGAGAAUGUGGCAACGAAAGAAGAAGAAGAAAAACCCAAAGUUCUCUCAGCAAAGGAGAUUAAACAAAAAAUUGAAGAAUACAAUGGAAAAGCUAAAAGCUGCUUGGGAAUGCGUUUGAAUCAGGAUGGCACAUACACUGGUUUCAUCAAAGUUCAUCUCAAGCUACGCCGGCCUGUCACUGUCCCAGCAGGCAUCAGACCACAGUCGAUCUACGAUGUAUUGAAAGAAGUAAAUCCAGCAGAAAUCACCGAUAAACGAACAUCAUUUUACCUGCCACUGGAUGCAAUUAAACAGCUUCACAUCAGUAGUGUAACCACUGUUAAUGAAGUGAUCACAAGCCUGCUAAAAAAGUUCAUGGUGAUUGAUAAUCCUCAAAAAUUUGCUCUCUUCUACCAGACCAAAAAAGACAAUGAUGUGCACCUGCAGAAACUUAAAGAAAAUGAGCAUCCUCUUUUAAUCCGUCUUUUGGCCGGACCGGACACAAAUACCUCAAGUUUUGCAUUGAAGGAGAAUGAAACUGGGGAAGUUGAGUGGGAUGCAUUUAGUGUGCCAGAGUUGCAAAAUUUCCUCAUGAUACUAGAGAAAGAAGAAAAGGAACGGAUCCAACAGGUCCAGCAGAAAUACACCACAUUUCGACAAAAGCUGGAGCAGACUUUGAAGACGGUUGGUAAACCUGGAUAACUGGAUUGCAGAAAAGCCAAAAAUAGAAGCAUAAGACUAUCCUUAAAUAUUGCUCAGGACAUGUGAGCAGGAUUAUCUCAAGGGACAAGUGCAACAAUAAAGCAACAACAAAUGUUGUUUUUAAAAUUGUAAAAGUGCAGAGUUGGUGCCAAGUUUGAGAAACAUUACUGUAUCUAUGUCCCACUCUGGAUUGACUAAAAACAGCUGCUUUUCAUGAGUUUCCUAUUGUAACCCUUUGAGUACUGAAGGAACUAUAAAUACAGCAUUUCUAGACAAACUUUUAAAAGUCUAUUUGAAGAGUACUGUGAAUUAAAAUCCUAAAUAGGUUCUUUGUUUAUUUGCUUAUAAGUAUUCAACAUAGCAAAUUCACAUUAAAUAUAAGUGUGACAGACGUGAGCCUGCAGUUUGGAAGCUGCAGAAGGUAUUCAGUGCUCAAGGGGUUGUUCUGGUUAUUCUGCAAUGCACCAAAUCAUUGGUUGGGGCUUGAGGAGAAGUGUCUAUUAAAAGCAGCAAGCUGCUUUUUGCAUGUAAGACAAAAAUCUUUAAAAUGUUGUCCUUUUUUUAAAAGAAAACCUAACUGUUGCAUGUUUGGGGUGCUGAGUGGAAUUGCAUAGAAUGCCAUUAUGUAAUUGAAGUUGUCUCAGAACAUAUGCAGCUUUCUUAAUUGAAUGCUUUUAAAGAGAGCUAUAUCAAACAUAAUUACCUUGAAUGAUGAUAUUUAAUAAUGAAGCACCUAUGUGAAAUCUCUUUUUAAAAGAGCAUUAAGAGAAAGUUUCUAUUAUUUGGUAUCAAUGGUGAAAUCCUAAAUGUCCACACCAGAGAGAUUUUAUGGUUUAGAGGCACAAUAAGCAUUCAAACAGGUACAGUGGUGCUCUACCUGAACUCUGCUGCCUUUCCAAUUCCACCACAAGUUCAGGGGCAGGAAGGCUUAUGGUCAGAUUUCCUGUCCUGCUGAAAAUUGAGGGCCUUAUGUAGGCAAUUAGAGACAACUGAAUUAUCAUCCCACUACUGCUGGUAUUAACUCAGUUGUAGGCAAGCUUUUUGACAUCCUUUGUGCACAAUGGUUAACACUAUGAGGCUUUCUUAUGAUCUCUCAUGAUAGGGAGAGUUUCAUUAUUCAAAACUCCUCCGAGUCUGAUUGAGUGAUUCACUGUCAAGAAUGUGGGGACCACAGAGAGCCGCAGUCUGCACUUCUGCUGACCUCUGUACACCCUGUCCCUGAAAACAGUAAUGCAGGUCUUUAGAGGUGAGAUUUUCAAAGCUUCCAUAAAAUCGUUUUUGAAUAAAUCCAAUAUUUUAUCCUGUUAAUUUUGCUGUUUCUAUUUGACUGGCAAUUGGCUUGUAUAGUUUAUUCUUGGGGCAGUAGCUUUUCUGCUUCCUUUACUGUCAUUUCUAUACUAUCUCUUGAAGUUAAUUUUAAUUUCAAAAUUAUAUGGAGAUUAAGUUCUAGAUAAUGGAAUGAGUGAGCACAGUGAGGACAGUCCCUUGUACUUUUCCCUCGUGGCAGAUUUGAUGGUGGGUUGAUUUAUUGAGAUGGAGAAAGUGAGGUCUGCAGAUGCUGGAGAUCAAAGUUGAAACUUUAUUGCUGGAACAGCACAGCAGGUCAGGCAGCAUCCAGGGAACAGGAGAUUCGACGUUUCGGGCAUAGGCCCUUCUUCAGGAAGGGAUUUAUUGAGAUGGAAAAGUGGUGGUCAGAUGGCCUUCUGACUGUGCUAUCAAUUGAGAGCCUUAAGUCAGCAAUUAAUAGUUAAUUAAGGGAGUCAUCCUGUGUACACCCAGGAGUGGGUAGAACGCUUGCCACGAAGGGAGCAUAGCAAGGAAAUCUCUGUGGUCCUGUUUGUGGGAUCCCAGUGGGAACCCCUUAUUCAAAGAUAUGGAAAAUGGUAGUCCCGUAACAGUCAACCUCUUACAGCACCUUUCACCUUUGGCCUGGAAUACCUCAAUGAUCCCUGGCUUCAGGUAGAUGUGGUACAGGAAAUCUGGUACACUGCUAAUUAGUAGAGCUGCUGGCAUUUGGCUGGCAGACAGGACCCACAGUGCUUCCAAGAUCCUGCUUAUCAUAUUAACAGUUUUAGAGCUAUAAUUUAAUUCAAUCCACACUCUUACUGGAAUUCUUCUAUCUUCACAGAUUUUGGGUGAAGUGAGUUUGGGCAUUUGCUAGUGGGUAUGAUACUAUUUCUGAAAGCUGUCCCAGAGGCCAAAAGGAUAACCAACAUAGAAAGUGCAAAAUCACACAAUAGAAGCAAAUGAUGUUAAGGUUAAAUGUACUGAGGCACUUUUGGAGGCAAAGUGGAAUUUAAUUCUAGUUUGUGGAUUUUGGUACAAAGUACUGCAAUUAAAACACUUAGUGUAUCAACAGCUUAAGGCAAAAUGGAAGUUGAGCCAGAAAGGGAAAAUUGGACAGAUGGUUUAUCAUAGAAACCCUACAGAAAGAGGUCGUUCAGCCCAUUCAACUCUCCAAACCCAACUACCA